GAGACUUGUUUUACUUUCGAUCCGUGUUGAUAAAUUGGUGGAAAUCGAGUGACUUGCUUGUGCAGUUGAAAUUGUUGUUCUCAAGGCAAAAGAUGGAUACUGUUAUGCUGGGUUAUGUCGCAAUGAUGGAAGACAACACCCCCUCUUUGAGAAUGAGUAGAAGUAACCUUAGAAAGAAAACCAACAUCAUGAAUUUAUCAACAACACAAUUCAAGAAGAACUUUCGUUUGAAUAAAACAGCAUUUCGAUACAUUGUACAAGAGAUAAAAAAUGAAUUUCCACGUCAAAAGAAAGGCGGUCUAUCGGUGACUGAUAAACUUGCUGUCUGCUUGCGUUUUUUCGCAGAAGGGAGCUAUCAACAUGGUGCUAGCAAGGACUACGAUGUGGCUAUAGCCCAGUCAACGUUUUCCAAAGUUCUCGACGAGAUGUUGAUUAUUUUGGAAAGGAAGAUUUGCACCAAAUGGAUAAAUUUCGAAAUGACACAACAAGAAAUGAGGGAAGCAAAGCGAUUUUUUUAUGAAAAAUCGGGAAUUCCGGGCGUUAUUAUGUGUGUAGAUGGCACGCAUGUUAAAAUUAUUCCGCCAAUUGCAGACCGGAAUCUAUUUUAUAAUAGGAAAGGGUUCUAUAGUCUGAAUACUAUGAUAAUAUGUGAUCACACCCAACGUAUUCGAUUCGUUGAUGCAAGCUUCCAGGGGUCUAAUCACGACUCUCAUAUUUGGAGUUUGAGUUCAGCAAGAGCACGUUUACAGGAAAUGCAUAGGAAUGGUGACACAAAUACCAAAAUUCUGGGUGAUGCCGGUUAUCCUUCCGAGCCGUGGUUGCUCACGCCUUAUCGAGCUCCAGAACUAGAAAGUCCAGAAAGCGAAUUUAACAGCAAGCAUGUUUUAGCAAGGGGGAUAAUAGAGCGAACGAUUGGAGUUCUAAAAAAUCGAUUUCGAUGUAUCCUUGGUGCUCGUCAGCUCCAUUAUACGCCUACCAAAGCGGCAAAAAUUAUCAGUGUUUGCUGUGCCCUGCACAAUAUAUGUUUAUAUUUUAAGAACGACAAUGAUGAGGUUCAGUCAACUGAAUAGAUGUUUUAAAGUGUCGAAUUCCUAUAUUCUAGAUUUUAUAUACCCUUCAUAUAUAUGUUAAAUAUUUACAAAUAAAUAUUUCCUUCACUGACGAAAA